CAGGAAUGGAUGGGUCUUUGUGAAUAGCAUCUUAUCUGGAAUCCAGAACAGGGUUGGUGGAUCGCUGGAGAGAACAUCUCGCCAAUGGGGAUGGCGAUGCUUCUGGUUUGUCUCACUCUGAUGCUGGGAAUAUUGUCUCUGGGUGGCACAGAGCUUCUGGAUGCUUGUUGGCCCGCAUGCACUUGCUGGCAUAUCCAACAUAUCCAACAUCUCCCGCCUCUGGUCAUGUCCUUCAUUUAAACAAUGGGAUGGAUGUUUGCCACAGGACAGUCAUAUGUUCACUAGUUCUUCUAACUUGCUACAGCUUGCGAAGAGAGGCGGAGUUAGCUGUGUGUGAAUACUUUCUUAGCGUCUAUAUAUACUCCGAUCAGCUCCAUGCUUCCGACCUUCUCCUUCCUCCCCCAUCCUGUCAUCCUCUCGCCCUCCCAUCCCUCAAUCCACUACAUCUAACCACUCGAGACCUGCAAUUUGCAAUUGUAUUCUUCAAGAUGUUCCUGCGCCAUCUCCUCCUCCUCCCUUUCAUCCUCUCCCACACUCUCAUCCUCGCGGGAGGACCCCCCAGCCCUUCGUGCCCUCGCGCGACAUCAUCCCCACCACCGAAGUCUUCCUCUCGACCUUCAAAAACGUGAAAAUCGGCCAGUACACCAACUGCUCCCUCAGCGACACCGUCCUGGACCUGAACCUGACCCAUCCCACCACCCUGCCCUCUCCCUCUCCCGGCCUCAAACUCAAGUACCUGGCCAUCGGCCUCGGCAGCCAGAACUA